GAGUGGAUAUGCGUCUCUGUGGUUGUAAAGUUGGGGGCGGAGAAGCCAAGAGUGCCUGGGAAUGAUGGCUGAUGAAGAGGAAGAAGUCAAGCUGGUCUUGCAGAAAUUGCAGGAACUGGUGGAUCAGCUCUAUUCAUUUCGAGACUGCUAUUUUGAGACACACAGUGUUGAGGAUGCUGGGAGGAAGCAGCAGGAUGUGCAGAAGGAGAUGGAGAAGACGCUACGGCAGAUGGAGGAAGUAGUGGGCUCUGUCCAGGGUAAUGCCCAGGUUCUGAUGCUAACUGGAAAGGCACUGAAUGUGACUCCUGCCUACAGCCUUAGGGCUGAGGAGCUUCUGUCAAAGGCUGUGAAGCUGGAGCCUGAGCUGGUGGAAGCCUGGAACCAGCUGGGUGAGGUGUACUGGAAGAAAGGGGAUGUUGCAGCUGCCCACACCUGCUUCUCAGGAGCCCUCACCCAUUGCAAGAACAAAGUCUCCCUACAAAACCUGUCAAUGGUGCUUCGCCAACUGCGGACUGACAAUGGAGACGAACACUCUCGCCAUGUCAUGGACAGUGUCCGACAGGCCAAGUUGGCUGUGCAGAUGGAUGUCCAUGAUGGCCGCUCCUGGUAUAUCCUGGGGAAUGCAUACCUUUCGCUUUACUUCAAUACUGGCCAGAGCCCUAAGAUCUCCCAGCAAGCCCUCAGUGCCUAUGCCCAAGCAGAGAAGGUUGACAGGACAGCUUCCAGCAAUCCUGACCUUCACCUGAACAGGGCAACGUUGCAUAAAUAUGAAGAGAGUUAUGGGGAGGCCCUGGAAGGCUUCUCUCGGGCUGCAGCACUGGACCCUGCCUGGCCAGAGCCCCAGCAACGGGAGCAACAGCUUCUGGAAUUCCUGGCUAGAUUAACCAGCCUCCUUGAGAGCAAGGGAAAGGUAAAGACCAAAAAGUUGCAGAGCAUGCUGGGAAGCUUACGCCCAGCCCAUCUAGGUCCUUGUGGUAAUGGGUGCUAUCAGUCAGCCUCUGGGCAGAAGGUGACCCUGGAGCUCAAGCCCCUGAGUGCGUUGCAGCCUGGUGUGAACGGUGGUGCUGUAGUCCUGGGAAAAGUGGUGUUUAGCCUCACCACAGAGGAGAAAGUCCCUUUUACAUUUGGCCUGGUAGAUUCAGAUGGACCUUGCUAUGCAGUAAUGGUAUAUAACAUAGUGCAGAGCUGGGGAGUGCUCAUUGGAGACUCUGUGGCCAUCCCGGAGCCCAACCUUCGGCUUCACCGAAUUCAGCACAAAGGAAAGGAUUAUUCCUUUCCCAGUGUUCGUGUGGAGACACCUCUCCUGCUAGUGGUGAAUGGGAAGCCUCAGGGCUCCGGCAGCCAGGCUGCUGCCACGGUAGCAUCGCGGCCACAGUGCGAAUGACUUUCCCUGUCUCAAAGCUAAAGAAGGAGUGGAGGCGAAGGCAUAAACUCAAGGGACUUGGGGGCUGGACCAGCCACAUGCAAUGACACCCCAGGGUGGGGAUGGGGAUGUUUUAGGUGAAGACUUCCUUUUCUUUGCCCAUAAGGCACACUACGUCCCUUCUUUCUCUCUUUCUGCCAUUAUGUUUGACUCCUUCCAGGGCUGCAUACUCCCCCGUGGUGUCUCUCCUGCCUCUUUCACUGCUCUCUCUGUUUUAGGCAAAGAGCAUUGACUUGGUAGAGGUGUUGGAAUCUUGCUAUAGGACAGAGUCCCCAAGGUUCCUUUUUUUGCCUCCUUCCUGAGCCUCAUGUGUAUAUAUCAGUUCAGUAUUUAUUGCUAAGGGAGGAAGUUUAAUUUUUUAAUGGCUUGGUUUUUGAGCAAUUUUUAGUUUUAUUUUUAAAAUUUAGGUCCUUUCCCUCUUUGAGGCUGGAACAGAAUUAAAUGCAUUUGGAAAAAAAA